AUGUGCUGCUUGCGUUGCCGGAUAUGCGCGAUGCGCCUCCAAGCUUUUUCAAGCAGAUCCACAUCCUGCUGCGAGAUGAGCGGUCGAAUUGGUAAAUUCUGCUCAUUGCGCUCCGGAUACCUAUGCUCAAACUUAGGCGGGGGCCUCGCCCGUCGUGGCAGUGGCAAGCCCGUCUGGGCCCACUUCUCCGGCUUGAGCAGCGCCCUCAACCCGAGUUCGUUAUAUGAAGCCGGCGUGAUCCUCCCCCCGCGGCGAGCAUCUGCGACGAGGCCCUCGGUUCACAUUCCGUUACCUUUACAUCGAUCUUCUCCUGAAAGUUCCCCCACUCACCAGCACCAUGCCGUCCUUAAUCCUACCCACGCACCCCGAUUUCCACGGGUCGCAGAUCGUGAUCGUCUUCCCCGUCUCGAUGCAUCCGAUGUCCAUGUAGUGCAGAAUUCGCCCAGCGUCACCAGCGCCAGCUUCCUCUCGAACUGGGGGAAGUAUCGCCUCUUCGGCAGCCGCUUCUGCAGUGGCUUCUGCCCGCCCUCAAACCCUAGCCGCACCGCGUUUCUCGCGCACUGUCCAUUCUGCCCGCGCCCGGAAGUCUUCCCGCACCCCCAGCCGCGCCCGCGGCCCACCCGCACCUCCUUCUUCUUCGCACCGUCGUUGUCCCGGAUGUUGUCCAGCCGAAGCUUGUCCUUGAAGUCUAUUUGCGCGGCGUUUAGGUACGCGAUCCGCGGCGCGCGCACUGAAGGCGGAGCCGCCGGCGUCUCGGUCGUCGCCGUCGAGAGCUGGCGCAGACCCAGCCGGGAUGCCGCGCCGUAA